GUAACAGUUCCAGGAGAAAAUGUCUCACCCAUUUCCUCAUUUAUUCCUCACCCAUUUCCUCAAGUCUAUCUUCAGGUUCUGGGAGACUGAGAAACCAAACAGGUGUUUAUCUGAGCAUGAGGAUCUACGUCUUGAAGCAGCGUCUGUCUUCUUUGUCUUACACCCUGUUGCAGCUGCUAUACGUGCGAACAGCAGCGGGUUAAUGCUGCCUAUGUGUCUGACAGCAGGACAGAGGGAGGAAAGGGAAGCUUAAAUGAGUGAGAGGCAGGGGGCAGAGAGGAAGAGGAGGAGGAGUGACAGAAUGAUCGAGUGAAUUAAUUCAACCUUAGCCAGCCCUGAUUGACUCGGUCACAAACUGGCAUGUACAACCACAGUGACAGCAAAGCCAUGGAGAGAGAAAAGAGGAAUGACACGUCUUUCUCCAGGAAGAGAAGUUUCACUUUCGGGGCAUAUGGAGGUGUGGACAAUUUCACAUGUGGGGACGCGGCCAGACCUGAAUCUGCAGGCGAGAGCAUCCUGGACAUCAUGCACUCUCCUGCCACUGAGAGCAAGCCUUUCCUCUCCACCAGCAGCAACCAGAGGGACACUGAGCUGUUUGAAAUCAUUGAAAAGCUGCAGGGCAGCAGGAUCGAUGAGCAGCGGUGUGAGUUCCCUCUUCCUCUGAAGUCCCAGAUUUUAACGAUAGGUGGAGACCUGCCGCUCAUCCUGCCCUCAGAGUCAGGGGGUUAUUGGAUAGACCCCCCUCUGGAGAGGCUUGUGGGUGUGAGUCCCACCUCAUCCCACUCAGGCCCAGAUCCAGAGAGCUAUGACAUCAUGGAGAGAGACGGAGAGGCCAAAAUCUACCACGAGUUCUUCCGCUCACGAUACCAUCACACAUUCACAGCAGUGGAUCUGGCUCUGGGGCCUCUGGUUCUGUCUGUGUGUCUGGAGGAAGAGGAGAACAAGCUGCGGGUCAUACUAAGGAUGAAAGAGAGCUCUCUGCAUGGAGUUUUCUCCCUCUCACUUUUCCCCAACAUCCCGUCUGCUGUCGAGUUAGCAAAGAUGCUCUGCGACAGAGUGAGCGUCUCAAGGUUUGAAGUGGUCGGCCACCUCAAGGCUCCAGAACUUAUAACCGCAUUUGAUGAACACCGUGUGUCUCCAAACUUCAAGUUUGGAGUUUUGUACCAAAAAGAAGGGCAGUUCACUGAGGAGGACAUUCUGAGUAACAGCGAGGAGAGUGCGGAGUUUAAAGAUUUCAUCUCUAUUCUUGGAGAGACGAUUCAACUGCAUGGUUUCAGCGGGUUCAGAGGAGGGCUGGAUGUGUGUCACGGUCAGACAGGGAGUGAAGCGGUCUACACCUCCUUUCAUGGGAGAGAAAUCAUGUUUCAUGUCGCAACUAAGCUGCCGUUCACAGAGGGAGACCCACAGCAGUUACAAAGGAAAAGACACAUUGGUAAUGAUAUCGUAGCUCUGGUCUACCAGGAGGGCCAAACCCCCUUUCUUUCUGAUGUAAUCAAGUCUCAAUUCCUGCACUGUUUCCUGGUGGUCCGGAGGAUUCAGAGUGAAGAGGAGACAGAAGGAACUGCUUACCAGGUGUCCGUCACAGCCAGAGAGGAUGUUCCUCCCUUUGGUCCGAUUCUCCCCGAUCCUCCCAUCUUCACAGACCGAUCCCUGCUGAGAGAAUUCCUUCUGACCAAACUCAUCAAUGCACAGAUUUCCUGCUACAAAGCUCAACGAUUCAGCAGACUAGAGCUCCGAACUCGCUCAUCGCUCCUCGAGUGCUUGCAAGCUGAACUCUCAACUCAAUCCAAGUGCAUGAUGGGAGAUCCAGCACUGUCUGCUCUUCCUUCUUCUGAGGGAGUACGGGGGGUGCCGGAAGGGAGCGGAGGAUUCAUUGAGAACUUUAAGAGAGCCAUCAGAGUGCGGAGCCACUCCUUUGAGAAUCUCGGGGUUCCUAGGAAGACUGGAGUCAGUGCAUCACAAAGGCCUAAGACAGACAAAGAUGGAGAAAGUGACAAAUCUCCUGGACCUAUGCAGGGUCUCACUGACAGUUCAGGACCAGCUGAGCUCAAGGAUCAAACUAGUCCUCAAGAAGAAACAUAAAAGGAAAUAUCGUUUUGUAGAUUUUAGGAGUGGAUACACAUAUAGACAUAAUGAGCCUAUAUGGUCGCUUCAUUAUUAUCCUUGUGGAUGGCUUCUAUGUAAAUAGAAUGUAAAAGUAAAGAGUAAUUCUGAGAAUGUAAUUAUUUACUGUCAUAGCAGUGAUCAUGACAUCAAUUUAAAUCUUUACAAUGUCAUUCCGUGAAAUGUUAAAUGUAUAUAUUAAACAGCCAGGAAAGGCUCAACGUUUUGA